AUUUGUUUCUCAGAACUCGGAGAGAAAUUUCUGGCCUGAAGCGAAUUCGUGGCUCACUUAUGACCAGUCCUAUCACUGCUAUAAAUAUAUACAAGAAAGAUGAGGAUUAAGAAGAUAAAAUCUCUCUCAUGUCUUAACUUCCUUCAAUUGCUAUAGUUUUUUUUUUUUUUUGGAAUUUUCCAGGAACCGGUUACCAUGAGCACGGCUCUAACGAUCAAUCCCCUCUCUCCCGCCAAAUCCAAACCCAGCGACCACAAUAACCCUACUCCCAAACCAAAAGAAACUCCCCUCCCAUCUCUCGUCUCCCUCCUCUCCAAAUGCACCACCUUGAGAGAAUUCCAGCAGCUCCACGCCCUCGCCAUCAAAUCCCAUCUCCAACACCACCCCUCUUUCCUCACCAAGCUCAUCACCUCCUGCUCCCUCCAUCCCAAAACCUCCUCCAUGGACUACGCCCACCGCCUGUUCGACCGAAUUCCCCACCCAGACGUCGUCCUCUUCAACACCAUGUCCCGCGGCUACUCCCGCUCCCACACCCCAAUCCUAUCUUUCUCCCUCUUCAUCCGCAUGCUCGAGACCGGCGUCGCCCCGGACGACUACACGUUCCCUUCCCUUCUGAAGGCCUGUGCAAGCGCCAGAGCCACCAAAGCGGGGAUGCAAGGUCAUGGCAUCGCCAUGAAGCUCGGGCUCGCCGAGAACAUCUAUGUGCUCCCCACGCUUGUAAACAUGUAUGCUGAGUGUGGCAACAUUCGCGCUGCUCGCACCGUCUUCGAUCGGAUGGAGGAGCCAUGCGUGGUUUCAUACAAUUCGAUGAUUACAGCUUGUGUUCGGAGCAGCCGUCCUAGCGAGGCACUAGCCUUGUUCCGUGAAUUGCAAGCAAAGGGCCUCAAGCCGACGGAUGUCACCAUGCUUAGUGUUCUUUCCUCGUGUGCCUUGUCGGGGGCGCUUGAACUGGGGAAAUGGAUCCAUGAGUACAUCAGAAAGAAUGGAUUUGAUUCAUACAUAAAGGUGAACACGGCAUUGAUCGACAUGUAUGCCAAGUGUGGGAGCUUGGAAGAUGCAGUGCAAGUAUUUCGGGAGACAAGUUCGAAGGACACCCAAGCUUGGUCGGCCAUGAUCGUGGCCUACGCAGUUCAUGGGCAUGGGAGCGAAGCCAUCUCUCUUUUUGAAGAGAUGCAGAGGGAGAGGAUUAAACCUGAUGACAUUACAUUUCUUGGAGUCUUAUAUGCUUGCAGUCAUUCAGGCAUGGUGGAUGAAGGGCUUGGGUAUUUCCAUAGCAUGAGGAGCAGCUAUGGCAUUGUUCCAGGAAUCAAGCAUUAUGGGUGUGUGGUGGAUUUGCUAGCUCGAGCCGGGCGACUUGAUGAGGCUUAUGACUUCAUUGAUGGUUUACCGAUAAAGCCAACACCUAUCUUGUGGCGAACAUUGUUAUCAGCUUGCGGAGGCCAUGGCAAUGUUGAUCUUGGCAGGCGUGUUUUUGAGAGGAUUUUGGAGCUGGAUGACUCUCAUGGUGGGGAUUAUGUGAUUCUUUCGAACAUGUGUGCAUCUGAUGGGAGAUGGGAAGAUGUGAAUUGGAUAAGGAAACUGAUGGGUGAGCGAGGGAUCGUGAAGGUGCCUGGUUGUAGCUCAAUUGAGUUGGAUAACAUGGUGCAUGAAUUCUUCUCAGGGGAUGGUAAGCACCCACAGUCUAGAGAGGUAUACAGAAUGGUAGAUGAGGUGGUCGAUCAAUUGAAGUUGGUUGGGUAUGUGCCUGAUACUUCUCAGGUCUUUCAUGUGGGUAUGGGGGAGGAGGAGAAGGAGGUUAGUCUUAGAUAUCACAGUGAGAAGCUAGCAAUUGCUUUUGGGCUUAUAAACUCCCCUCCUGGGACGACGCUCCGCGUUGUUAAGAACCUUCGUGUCUGUAGGGACUGCCAUUUGAUGGCGAAGCUAGUGUCGAUGGUAUUUGAUAGGAAAAUAAUUCUCAGAGAUCUGAAUCGCUUCCAUCACUUUGAGAAUGGAUUAUGCUCUUGUGGAGAUUAUUGGUAGAAGGAAAUUAGAAAGAAUGUGCUAUCAUCUCUUAUUGCCUUGGACAAUUUCUUCUCAUGAUUGUAUAUGAAAUGAGACAAGAACGAUGUGUUAUCAUCUAUUACUGCCUUGUAUGAUUUCUUCUUAUGAUUGUAUGUGAGAUGGUGUCAAUUGGUAAUGAUGAGGCUCUUCUACAAAUAAUGGAGACAGAUGUAGACAAGAACGGAUGUGUUAUCAUCUAUUACUGCCUUGUAUGAUUUCUUCUUAUGAUUGUAUAUGAGAUGGUAUCAAUU